AUGGCUAUGCGUCUCAAUCUCUGCAACCCGAUCCAGCUGCAAACCUGUCGUGUACGCGGUUGUGAGCUGCUCUCGCUUAUCGCCAAGUUCUUUGACGUGGACGCCGAGCAGGCCAAGAACCGCUCCGCGUUGGGCUUUUCGCGCAGCAUUUCGAUGCAACGAGAGGUGAGACGCCACAACCAGCAAUUCUCCAAGAAGCGUCGCGGCAGCAUCAGUGUCAGUAUGGGCGUGGGUCUCAGUCGCCGCUUCUCAUUCGGUUUCCAGGACCGGCAUAGCGCAGUGGCAGCUCUGGCCCAGUGA